GAUGGUGCUUACAGCUGGGGAGAGACAGCAGACAGCUCAGUGCUAUAGCCUGGGAUACAUUGUAUUGGAUGAGACAGACACUGUGCAUGUGAGAGCUUCACUCCUGAACCCUCCUGCAACCUUUGGCAUUAUCCUGGCAUAUGCUGGGUGACUGACAGCAUGUGACUGCAGCCUGGGCAGAGGACCCUGCACAACACACAACCCUUGGAUCAUAACAACCAGGACCCUGCACUGAAGCCUGGACUAAAACUUUCACCACCCUGCUGGACAAACUCCCACACUGGGCUGAACCACUACUACUACUCCCCCCUGUCUGUAAGUCUUAAAGUGGGAUUAAUAGCUGCAGACUUUACUACAUUCAACAUACCAGGGAGCUCCUGGGGGGUCUCGCCCUGGACAGUAGCCGGCGGCCCUGAUUGAUGACUGUUUGCCAAACCUGAGGUCUUUGUUGCUAAGAACAGAUCAGCUGUGCCGAGGGGAGGAACGCCAAUACCCAACCCAGAGGUUAUCAAUAGACGUGUCCUGUAGCACCUGGUGCAAAGGAUUCUGCCAAGUGCUCUCUGCUGACACCUGACAUCAGGAACUGCCCAGAGCAAGAGAAAAUCCCCAAGACAAAAAGCAAAGAAUUUCCUCUGUAGCAUACAGCUGCUAAAAAGUACUGGAAGGGAGAACCGACAAGAUGGAGGGCGAUAGUAUGAGCUGCGUCAAAUACCUCAUGUUUAUCUUCAACUUCUUCAUCUUUCUCAGUGGAUCCUUUCUUCUUGGACUCGGGGUUUGGGUAAUGGUCGACCCCACCGGUUUCCGAGAGAUAAUUGCUGCCAAUCCCUUGAUGUUUAUGGGUGCCUAUCUCCUCCUUGCUAUGGGCGCCAUGCUUUUCCUGCUUGGCUUCCUGGGCUGUUGUGGAGCAAUCCGCGAAAACAAGUGCCUUCUGCUCUUCUUUUUCAUGUUUAUUUUGGUCAUAUUCCUGGCGGAGCUCUCAGCUGCUAUCUUGGCCUUCCUCUUCCGGGAGAACCUGACCAGGGAUUUUUUCACCAAGGAUUUAAAAAGACAUUACCAAGGCAAUAACAGCACAGACGUCUUCUCAUCCACCUGGAAUUCUGUAAUGAUCACAUUUGAAUGCUGCGGAGUGAACGGACCAGAGGAUUUCAAUGGCGCUUUGCAUUUCAUGAAUAGUAUACCGGAGGCCUGCUGCGGAAAAAAUGUCCUACAGAAAGAUGGGGAAUUCUUUGGCCGGGCAGAAUGCAUGAUGGGAAAAGAAAUUAACAGACAGGGGUGCUACUCAACAAUAAUCAAUGCCAUGGAACCAUAUGUGUACAUUGCAGGAGCGUUAGCCAUCGGUGUGUUAGCAGUUGAGCUGUUUUCAAUGAUAUUUGCCAUGUGCCUGUUCAGGGGCAUACAGUAGAAUAGACCGCCACUCAGGAGGAACAUUGUGUGCCAAAUUGCGAGGGUCGCCUAACUCCCCACAAAUUCAAGAAAAUCAUCUUGUUUCAAAGCCUUUACCGCCAGAGGGUCUUGCACUACCCCUGAGGCCCUCAACAGCAAAAAAAGAAAAAGAAAAAAAGUGUUACUGGGAACACUUCCCCUCCCUUGCUGUACCAGCCUAUUAACUAUGAUGAAGACCCCCAACUUGGGGACACUGCACUGGAACUCAACCCUGUGAGUAAUGGCGAGUAUACAUUAAUGAGCACCCAAUGUCCACUAUGUGUAUAUAAGAGACUGGUCAGAAGACACGAGAAGAUGUUCUACGCCCCCCCCCCUUACGUGAAAGCUUGGUGGUCGGUCACGUGAAGCGGCAGCGGUGACGGCAGGGUAGUAAAAGGCACUGUACUUUUUUUUUUUUCCCUUCAUCGGAGUGAACGGUAGAAGUUUACGAUCCUGUCCUGUGUUUUUAUAAACGUUCUUGUUCCUGGAUUUUCCUACUAGGAGUAAAUGAUUUGUACUCGUAGCACAAAUGCUAAACUAUUAUUUAAAGAUACAUUUCUUUUGCUUUGGAUCAGGGGAGGUCCCCUGACUUUACGGGGUUGGAGAGCCCCUUUAUAUGGGAACAAAGAUCCCUUAGAUUAGGGCAUCUUGGACAAUGCCCAAUAGAGGUUGAGCAGGGGUCCGGUAGCCAGAAGACUCCAAAUCGGGAUCCCCCUGACAUGGGUCCAAUCACAUCCUCGACUUUAAGACACCCUAAUGUAAAGGGCAGGGGCGUAGCUAUAAAGGUAGCAGUCACACCGGGGCCCUGGUGCCUAAGGGGGCCCCAAAACACAUCUGCCCCUUAAGAGACCAGUAUUUUAAUUGGCAUAUGGGGCCCUGUUGCAGAUUUGGCAUCGGGGCCCAGAAGCUACAAGCUACGCCUCUGGUAAAGGGGACAUUUUUUUCCCUACAACAGGAGGACCCCCGCUUCUCUGUGCAUUAUACAUAGCGCCUAAUUGUCUUAAUAAGCCCUGUUGUAAUACUUAGUUUCUCCUCUGGGGGUGCUGCAGGGAACGGACAACUUGCUAAAAGCUUUUUUCCUGCAGAUCGUAAUUGAUCGAUGUCAUUGUUGCUUAUUGUUGGUUUACUUUUCUAUCAAAAUGUCGGCCUUAAGCAUCUACAUGAUGUCUUAAAAAAAAUUAAUAAAUAAAUAAAAUAAAAAAAGUGUUAAAGAAGAGUUGGGAGCGGGGAAAGCUGCUGUGCCAAUUGGCAUCACCGGAGGUCUUUCGGAUUGGAUUUCGGAGGCAAUUAAAGACUAUGGGGGGGCAUCUGACUUGUGCAAAGUGCAUGGAGAAGUAUUUGGGGGUUGGCCAAGUUUGCUGUGACGGCACAGUUGAGACGAGCGGGUUACGCAUUCAUUAAAAAGAAUAGGUGACCAGUGAUCACAACCAGAAAGUGCCCCUACUAGUACCCAUAAGUCAGUG